UCCGGAAGAACAUGGAGGACACCACUGGCACUAAUCCUCAGUCUCUCGGAUUUACAGAGAAACUGAAGUCCUGGCUCUCCUGGUCAUGGACCUACGUGUGCGUCAUCUGGUUGGGCAUGGUGCUGAUCAUGAUCUACGUCCUGUGGAGUCCGCUGAAACUGCAGGAAACUCUAACCUCAGCCUCAGUGUUUCUAAAUACCCUGACCCCCAAAUUCUAUGUGGCUCUCACUGGAACCUCCUCUCUCAUCUCUGGACUCAUCCUUAUAUUUGAGUGGUGGUAUUUCCGUAAAUAUGGGACCUCGUUCAUUGAACAAGUGUCCGUGAGCCACCUGCGUCCCCUGCUGGGUGGCGUGGAGAGCAGCUCCACCACUGGCCUGUUCUCGUCAGUGAACGGAGAGGCGGAGCCUAGACCCAGCGUCUCAGAAUGCAAGGUCUGGAGGAAUCCUUUGAAUCUUUUCAGAGGAGCAGAAUAUAACAGAUACACCUGGGUGACCGGGAAGGAACCCUUAACAUACUAUGAUAUGAACCUGUCUGCUCAAGACCAUCAGACCUUCUUCACAGGAGACACUCAGCAGUUAAGGCCAGAGGAUGCUGUGAUGCAGAAGGCCUGGAGAGAGAGAAAUCCUCAAGCCAGGAUCAGAGCAGCUUACCAGGCCAUAGAAAUGAACCACGAAUGUGCUGCAGCUUAUGUGCUUCUAGCAGAGGAGGAAGCCACAACUAUAACAGAAGCUGAACGCCUCUUCAAAAAAGCAUUAAGUAUAGCUGGAAAAGAUAUCAACUUACUCGUGUACAUUAAACGCAGACUGGCGAUGUGUGCGCGCAAGUUGGGAAGGAUCAAAGAAGCUGUGAAAAUGAUGAGAGAUUUAAUGAAGGAGUUCCCAUUGUUGGGAAUGUUAAAUAUACACGAAAACCUCUUGGAAGCACUUCUGGAGCUUCAGGCAUAUGCUGAUGUCCAAGCAGUCCUUGCGAAAUACGAUGAUAUCAGCUUGCCAAAAUCAGCCACUAUAUGCUAUACAUCUGCACUGUUGAAAGCUCGGGCUGUUUCAGAUAAGUUCUCUCCAGAAGCAGCGUCGAGGCGAGGGCUAAGCACAGCGGAGAUGAACGCUGUGGAGGCCAUACACAGAGCCGUUGAGUUCAAUCCACACGUGCCAAAGUACUUAUUAGAGAUGAAGAGCCUCAUCCUGCCUCCAGAGCACAUCUUGAAGAGGGGUGACAGCGAGGCAGUAGCAUACGCUUUCUUCCACCUGCAGCACUGGAAGAGAGCAGAAGGAGCCUUAAACCUUCUUCACUGCACCUGGGAGGGCACCUUCCGGAUAAUUCCUUACCCUCUGGAGAAGGGCCACCUGUUUUACCCCUACCCAGGAUGCACAGAAACAGCAGAUAGGGAACUACUGCCCUCUUUCCAUGAGGUGUCGGUGUACCCAAAGAAAGAGCUUCCCUUCUUCAUCCUCUUCACAGCAGGCCUUUGCUCUUUUACUGCCAUGCUGGCCAUGCUCACGCAUCAGUUCCCCGAGCUCAUGGGUGUCUUUGCCAAAGCAUUCUUCAGCACACUAUUUGCACCUCUGGGUUUCUUCGCAGACAAGAUGGAAAGCUUCAUGCCGUCCAGUUUUUGGCACCAGCUGACUCGGAUCUGAACCCCAUCUCGCACACACUCACUCACACACACACAUACACACACGUGCGCACACACACACACACACACAUACACAUACACAAACCAGUACCACUCCAAACCUUGGGACAAAAAGUGUUUGCUCUCCUGUCUUCAGCAUUACUGUCCACUUGCUGCAUUGUUACUGAUUAUGUUGGCUGAGGUUGUAUCAACACAUCAAUAGCUCUCCUAAGAUGCUCUCCCACACUGUUCCAGCGGCCAGACUUUUUCCAAGAACACAUUUGGUAAAAUACCAUUUGCAACGAUUUCACAGGGUCAUUCACUUGUCAUCAUGUUAGCAUGGGGAAAUUCAAAAAUUUUUCAGUAUCCCACAGAGCCCGGCUCUAAAUUUGGUCAGAGGCGAUCCUCCUGUUUAUUCACAACAAUGAAUGAAGCCACAGGACCCUGCAUGCCGUCUGUGCUCUUUUCUUUGUUUUCACCGGUGGAGAACAAAAUGUGUACAUGAAGGAUUUAACUUACAGAAAGGUAUGUUUGUGGAUGCAGCUUAUCCUUGUCCUCUCCUUUCUCAGCGUAAUAAUGUGAAUUCAAAAGGAUUACGUUUCUUUGUCCUGCAUCAGCCCUCAGUGCCCCACAGUCAUCCAGUGCGGCAGAUAUGGAGCUCCGUGAGACCUCCUAAAAGCAGAGCUGUGAUUUACAGCCUCGGAGUGGCUGCAGUGUAUACAACGCCUCUGCAGUCUAGCGGCUGUUACCAAGGCAUGACACCUUGGCACUACAUCACUGGGGCAACCGUCUACCCCACGCCUUCAAAAUGUAAAUGGGCUCAUCACUGGCCACAGCCUGCUCAUGAGUCAUCACUCAUUAUGCUGAUUGCACUAAGGACUCUAUAAGUCAACGUCUUGGUCAGGUGGAAACAAAAAUUGCAGAGGCACAAGUCAUACUGAGAAUUGCGCAGUAUGGUCAAAUUAUUUAACUACAGUAGUUUUAAUUCUACUGUAUUCGAACUGUUUAUAAGGUCACUAAGGGACAUAAACCCUUAUUGGUUCUCAUAAUGCACAGAGAGGAAUGGAAGAUUUGCUCUUCUCUGUUUCAUGGCGGGACCUCAAGUGUUUCUACACUGUGCACAUGACAAUAAACUCCUCGAUUCUUGAAUCUUUGAAUGGAAGUAGAUACGUAUAAUGAGAUACUGAUGGAAUUUGAUCUAAGAAUCAGUGUAACAGCUGCUCAGAAACCUAGAAAUGUGUGUGUUUCGAUGUUCUUCAGCAACGCAGACGUCCAGUAAAACUGUGAAGAAUGUAUUAAAUUAAAUAUUGAAGGUAAACCGCCAGUAGCAGUGUUACAAGACUUACAGUGAUUUUGCGAUGCGACGCCAUCCUGACAAUUUAUCAAACGGGCAGGUUUUUAUAACAUUUAACGUGAGUGUGUUACCGCAGUCUAGACCAGAAUAUGUGAUGAUAUUAAAGUGCCUUUUUACUACAUCACAAACACCAAUUUGGAAUUUAUUUCACCUCCAGUUCUGAUCCAAAGCUUAGUGGCAGCGAUUUUAAUGGGCUUCAGUUUGGUAAAUAUAUGCCUUCAAAAAGUGUGAUUACUAACAGAAGGUUUGACUGACUUGACGGUGUUGAGAAGUACAAGAAACAAAGUAAUGGAAAACAUGCUUAUGAGGAAACAGAGAAAUGAUGAGCUGGGUAUUAUGUAAUGGCACACAAACGCUUGUUAUUAUGGUAUGAAUUUGGAUUUUUACUGAUACAAAGUAGAAUGACACUGUUUCACGCUGUGCACUCUGUAGCAGUAUAAAAUACAAAAUGUAAGAGUACAUGCUGAAGACAGGAGUAUCUGUAACUACUCUUGAAUGAGUUUGAAAGCAAAACCCACGAUAAAUAAAUUACUGUUUCAGUGCA